GACACGGGAGGUGCGCGAGCGAGAAGCGCGGCCGCAGUCGGCUAGAGAAUUGCACCGACGCGUCGGAGCACCGCGCCAUCAUCUCCCCGCCGCGCCCCAUCAUCGCGAAGGGCGGCAUGAAUGUGACCAGCGACAAGAAGGCGAGGCAAAUCGAACAAUCCCAGGAGCACAGCCCAGAGGAACAGGCGGAGAUGGUCUACUCCGGCCACGGGACCCCAGAGCAGGAGGGCACCCUGACGGCCCCAUGGACGGCCGAGCUGGCGUCCGCCACCAACGCUGCCUACAGGAAGCUCAUCAGGCAUGCGCCCACGCUCUCGGAGGAGAGGAACACUGAGGCCAUGCUCAGGCGCUUGAACGCUUGCUCCAACUGCGAGGACAGGCGCCUUUCCCAGGACAACCCCACGGGCAACUACCGCGCCUUCUGUCCGCCUGGGAAACUGUCGCAUGCCGAACGGGCAGAGCGCGACAUGGCGAUACAGUCCUCGCCCCCGUUCUCCGACAUCUCGGGCUCAACCGGCAACCCGACGACAGCCGAAACGGACAGGGCGAAGGG